CAGGCUCAGUGCUGUGACCACUGCCCUGGGGAGAUGUUCCAGUGCCCAAACACCCUCUGGGUGAAGAAACUUUUCCUCAUAUUCAGCCUAAACCUCCCCUGACACAACUUCAGGCCACUGCCUUGGAGAGUUCACUGGUGACCUCAAAGCAGAGAUCACUGCUGGUGUGUACAGAAAUGUCGUGCAAAGACCAUCAACUGUAAUUUUCUAUUUGUGCGCCCUGCUGCAAAAGCAGGAAUUUUUACCCAUGCUAGAUGAAUAAAAUUUUUGGAGUUUCUUUUCUCUGCUCUAAUUACCAUAAGUCAAGAUGAGUCUGUAGAUUCUGUAGCCAAGGCUAAUUGUGUUUUGCUUGUGAAGGUCUGCGGAGUGAAAGGCAAGGUGAGGUAGCAGCGUGGCACUCUCUCUUCCCCCCAUGCACUGCUUUAUAACCUCAGCUAUUUCACAGGUAGCUCCUCUUGACUGUGGUUCAUAGCAAAACUUAAUAUUUCUGUCUGUGUUUUGGGAGGGGUGAGGGAAGAGUUAAUUUUGCUCUUCUGUUGUCUAGGAAACAGUGGUUGUACUUACUUCCCUUUUGAAAAUAGAUAGUGAAUUCCACAUUCAGGGAGCAAUGAAUAAGAUAAAAAGCCACAAGAUUAGAAGCUUGAAUUAGACACCGUUUGAGAGAGCAAAGAUAAGUUCGUGUGUGCUGGAAACUUUUUGGUUGCACUGGAAUGGAGUGGGGAGGAGAUCUGCUUUUAAAGAAGGUGCUCAGGGCUUUUAGGCUCCGGGCUGUUGGCACUGAUUCAGCAAAGCGUUUAACUAAGUGCCUAAUUUUAAUGAUGUAGGGCCCCACUGAGUCCAGGGCUGAGGAUGUGGUCCGGUUUGUACAUUAAGCACUUUGCCUCCCACCACUUGGAGAAUUCAACCCUGUGCACAUCGUGCUGAAAAUUAAGAGAAAGAGAGACACCAGCAAUUGCGAUCUGGGCUCCUGUGCUGAAAAUAAGCCAUCCAUCCAAUUUAGGGCUGUAAAUACUAAAAUUGGAGAUGGGGUUAAUGAUUCAGAACAACAGAACAGGGAACAGGAUUUUAAAAAUAAAAAGCCUUGAUGGUUGUCACAAUGGGCAGCAAAUGACAAGUGCAUUUCAGUGCAAGUUUAAGACGAUUAUACUUGGAAGAUGGAGCUAAAAUAUAAAGCGAGGGCUGUAUGCAAUGCUGCACGUUCAACUGGAAAUGUAGGUUAUGUACUUGGUAUUAAUUCAUGUCCCAGUGAACAGGAAAAAAAACCUCUUUCUUUGAUUCAGAUGGGACUUGAGCUGUAGAUUUUUCUGACUAAGAAGCUCUGGAUAAUUCUUUUCUUAUGUAUUAUUAAUAGUUCUAUUACAUUAAAUCUUAGGUGUUCAGAAUGAUCCACCAGAAGUGUUUCUCCCCCCUUCUCAAUCUGCUGUUCCCAGCUGAAGUCUAGAGUGCACAUGGGUAGGUGAAUCUGGGCUUGGAAAACUGGCACACGGGUGUAUAUAAAGAGAGACACAAUUUUCAGGACUAAUUUCUUACAAGCAGUUCCAGCAGAUGUGUUUUCAGGAGGGAUUUUAGUGUAGUCAAGGAGGUGCUGCCCUCCAAAAGGAACUGUUUGAAGAAUUGCAGAGUCCUGGGGAAGAACUACUAAAACAAAUGAGCAGGAAUGGGGAGUGAGUGACGAAAAAGGAACGUGUUGGGAGUGGUGAAGCAGAAAGAUCCUGGCAGGGAGUGAAGAAUAGGUUUUCUGGAUGUGUUUAAAGGUGUAAAAAAGGGCAGCCUCAGAGACAGUAAUGCAGAUAGUAAAUCUCCUCCCAGGAUUUGUGAUUACUACAUUGUAUUAAAAAAAAAAUCCCUACAAAAUAUUAAACCACUCAAAACCAAUACAGGACCAAAACAAAAAAAAAAAACAAACCAAAAAUAAAAGAAGUCACAUGGAAAAUCCUCCUGUCUCGUGUGUUAGUGAUCACAAGCAGUCUCUUGUGAAUGUGGUCAGCAUUGAUAUACAAAUAUGCAUGCCGUGCUUCUGAGUAGCAAAUUCCAGCCCCCUUUGAGGGGAGCUUUGUGAGAGGUUUUUGGAAAUAAAUAUAAAUGCAAAACCUAAAAACCGAGAAGGAAUAUGGAAAAUGGAACACGCUUGGGAGGAUUUGUGAUGACUUUGCAGACUGGAAGUAGGAUGCAAACUCCCAGGUUGGAUGAUGUUUCCGAAAUGGCAGUCAAUUAAAAUAAUAUGUGAUAGAGGGUUGACAGUUUGGGUGUUUUCAAAUGAUCCAGCUCUGGCUGGGAGUGCAGUGGGUAAGGUGCAGAGCUUAGCCGGGUGUUCUCCUAUGGCAGUCGUUAGUCACCUUUUCCCUUCCCGUAGAGCAGAGAGAGCCCUAACGACAGUGGAUAUAAUGAUGCCUUCAGGGAUGCUUAAGGAGUAACACAGCUCCUGUAGCAAGGUGCAGCCUGGUUCCCUCAGUCUCAGUCUCAGUGGUGUGUGGAGGAGCCAGAACAUGCCUCGAAGGGGUUGUCAGCCCCCCCUCAUCACUCCAGAGCUCUUAGACAAUUAGCGGCUGCUUCCUGCACAGGCCAGGAGUGGGAAGGGAGCUCCAACUCCACCACCUCACACAGGGCUGGAAGUCAUUUGGCCUUUGCUGUAAAGAGAUGAGAAAUGUGAGUUACUGCUCAGCGUAGCCUGUGCUCUUCACCAUAAAGGGUUACCUGGCAAGGUGUCCAUGAGAGGGACCUGAUGAGCUUUGCCAGUGCUGCUCUUGCCUCAUCUCUCUGACAUCUACUGUCCUGAGCUGCUGCAGCCUUAUAUAACUGCCCCAGCUCCCCUAGCAGCCUUUUUCUGGGGGGGAAAGGUGCUAAUUCACUCUGCACAUAGGUGCUGCAGCACAGUUUUGGUUGCAGCUCUCAAGUCAGGCAGCACCUCUCUGGAGCAGAGCGAGGGAGAAGUAAAGAGAGAGGAAAAAGUUGGAGCUGGAGGAAGGUCACACUGCAGCACUUGUGUUUCUACCUCUCCCCUAGAGAUGCUUGCAAGGAAAAGACAAACCUGAUGGAUUGUUGUACUUUCAAGAGAAUGCAAUGCUAAGCAGGUGGUUCCUGGCACUUAAUAGACCCAGGGUUGUGUCCAUGCUGCUUUCAGAGGUUCACCUUCAGCAGGCUUUAAUCCUGGCUGCCACGGGUGGUGCUGACAAAAGACACAAUGGCUGUGGAGUGAACCACCCAAGUGCCAGGCCCCAGCAGAGCUGUGCCUGCUGCAGAAUACCAGCACUGGUGUCUCUUUGCUGCCCCAGGUGAUAUUUAGCAAAAUGAUAAUCAGCAAAACUCCAUCUUGCCCAGCUGCAGCACCACCUCUCCACAGUGCUGUAGGUAUUCACCCAUGCCACGCUUGGUUGUGCUACAGAGGUGGUUUCCUACAUAUGGAUCCCUGUAUCACAGUGGCUCAUAGACACUUAGGGCUUAAAACAGGAAUUACUGGCCCUGGCUCAAGCAACCAACUCAGAAAUCUGAGUCUAUAAUCUUGGGUUCUUCUGUGCCCCUUGGUCAAGGAGGAAGGGCAUCCCUGGGCUGGAUAUUCAUCUCUUCCUGAGCCACUGGUGUACAGCAGAUGGAAAAAUGGCCUUGGAGAGGCAGUUUCUGUCCACUGAUUAGAGAAGGAGUCAGCCGGGUGACUUACAUAGCCUCAGGCAUCUGAGAUGGGGCAAGAUGACUUGUGGAAAGAUCUAGGGAUGUGGGUAGAAACCAAGAAAGGGAGGUAUUUAAAAAAAUGUGCUGUUUUAAUGAAUAUUUUCAAAGUAAAACAAAAUUGAAGUCCCGGAGUAAGGCAGUCUACAAAAAUGUCAGACUUCAAAAGCCAAAAAGGGGGAGAUACAUGGCUUUCAGUGUGCAGAAUGCACAAAAUAUAAAAAUAUAUUUUUGAAGACUUUUAAAAUUCAGAAAUCAGAGUCAGGAAGAAAAGAAAAGGUGAGAUGAGAAGGAAUGAAGAAGGGUUUCAGGGUUUUCUUUGUUGUUGCAGUUUUGUUUUUUUCACUGUUCAUCAAAGCCUCCUUCAGGGCCUCUUCAUCAGCCAGCUCUAAGGACCUGUCCCAAGAAGUGCCUCCUCUAGCAAGCAUUAGCUGUUUGUUGUGAACAUGCUAAUUUCUGAUCACAGUUCUGAGAAUGCAUUUUCUUUCCUUGCUGAUAGAAACCAUAUUAGCUAAUAAAAAUAAUUAAAUUUAUAUUCUCUAGAUGUAAUUGGUGAUUAUGCCCUCUAGGUGGAAAAAAAUGCUUUCAGAUGAGCAGAAGCCUAUAUUCUUCACUCAGAUGACUUAAAUUUCUUAAUUUCCACAGAAGUGGACUGCAGAGAGAAUAGUAUCCCCCAAGCCUGCACAGAAAGGGCAUUAGCAGCCAUUUCCUAAAGUAAUUUAUAGUACUGGUCACUGUAUUAUGCCAACUCUAACAAACUCUCCCCUCUUUUACUGCUGGCAUGGCUGUAAUUCCAGUUACUCUAUUGGGAAUUUGGGUCUUGGAAAGCUAAGUGAUUUAUAAAUUUUUAAGAGGUGAUGCAUACAGCUAAUCUAAAGGAAAAUGGGCUCUUGCAGCCUAUGCACCUGCUGUCUGGGAGGGGAGAGGGUUUCUUGCAGAAUUCCUCUGCUAGAAAAGGAAAACUCUGACGAUCUUUAGGGUAGCUUGUUUUAACAGACUGAUGAAAGGCCAUUGCUCCUGAAACCUAAAGCUUUCUAUUUACUGAAAGCCUUCAGUUUACCCAGAAAUGGUUAAAGCCCAGAUACCUAUUUUUGCAGCAGUGAAUCAUCAUAUGAACUUCCCAACUGCUGGCUAUUUUGUGUGAGGGAGCGGUUUUUCAUUAAACUGUGAUGGCCUUUAUUUAGGUCACACUUGGGUCCCUUCUUGCAUCCCUCCCCAACGUGCUUUCGGUGUGAGAAACAAACUCUUUCUAGGAAACAAUUUGUUAACAGCCUCCUCCCUUCCAGCUGGGACUUCUGAGCCCUGGGGAAGUGAGGCACAGAAGGGAUGCAAGGCAGGGAGCAUGGGAAGGACUCCGUGGUGAAUUCAUACCACAGUAACUUGGUAUUUGAUUUCUGGAUGAAUGAAAUUGUGCAGUUCUGGAAUUGCCUCUGAAGGACUUCCUGUGUGGAUACCCAUGGCAGACAUACACUUCAAAACAUGUCUUAAAAGAGUUUUAUACUAAUCUAUUUACUCUUGGUCCUUGACAAUGUCCAGGUCAAAAGUUAUGUGGUGUUCCCACUCCUCUGACACAUGGCACCUGAUGCUGUAGAGAGAUGGGGGAGAAGCUGCUCUCUGCCCUGCUUCAGUCGUUAGUGUGUCAUUGUUGCUAGAGAAACACAAAACCUUGGACUGGGAUUCUGGCAGAAUAAAAGCCUUUCAAUUCAUAUAUGAUCACAUUUAAAGGAGGGGGAAGGAGGGACCUUGUAAAAACCCUGUUCAUCCACUAGAGAGCAUAUAGGCAGUGCUUCUCCUUGGAGAAAAUAAAAAUGUCAAGCUCUUAUUAUGCACAAUAAUGCAAUGCAGUUUAAAUGUUUACUGCUGUUCUACCCACCGCAGUUACAUAUGAAGAAAAGACUGUGUGAAAACUGGAAGAAGGCUUUGCAAAUAUAUAACUUUUCAUGUUCAAAAGCCUCUUAUCUCCUUGUUAGCGUUUAAUAUCUUCUUGUUCUUAUAGAGCGUUCCUAUUCUCCCCAUGGAAACAUUAAAUUAUUUACAAAGUUCCUGAGAAAUACAGGGGUGGGCUUGAGAAGGUGCAGAACCGAUCUCUGCAAGGACAUUUUAUGGCUUUUAGAGGAUUCCAGUGUUUCAUUUCUGGCUGAUGUGGUUUGGAAGAAGCUUCUGCAAACAAAUUGAUGUGAAGCUGCUCAUUCUGCAGAUGAUCAAUGCAAGAAGCUGGCGCUGAGAAGGUGAUAUUCUUUGAAGUCUAAUGAUAUUAAUGUUGACUCUUAAAUAUUUCAUAGCUGUUACUCUUUUGUAGUGAUUUUAGUGCUUAAGUUACGGAGCACAAUUUUUUUUCCUCAUCUAAUUUCCAUUUUUCCCCUCUAAACUGCCUCACUGUGUGUAUACAACACACAUAUGUAACUUCAGAUUUAAACCAUAGGGAUCUGCGUGCAUUAAAUGGAUAGUGGCACACCCCACUAAUUAAUUAAACUUUUUUUUCCCCCAUGGGUGUCAAAUUUACUUUUCCAAAGGCUGUUUGUUAAUGCAGUGCAUGUUAGAGGCAGUUUUUUCUGUGGAAUGUGUUGCUGACUUUCUCUGUUGCCCUAGUUAACCUUAUUCCGUCCAUCUGUAGGUUACAGAUGAUUCCGCUUACACUUGUAACCUGCUGUGAGAGCUAGGCAUGAAAAAUAGUAUAGAAACCUCAGGUAACUCCUCAGAUACACAUCUUUUCCUCUGUUCUUUUUUAUGCCUGUUUUAUUUUGUGGGAGGUAAAAUCCUUUGUAAUGAAUUUGCUACAUUCGUAUAAAGCAAUAUGGGUUUGUUGUGCAUUCAUUAUGUGGCCUUUCCUGGUAUUUUUUUACUUUUUGUGUUCCAUGAUUCUGACUUAGCCAGUGGCAAAAUAUUUGUGUAGUGCUUGGAUACUGGAUGGAUUUCCACUGGCACUAAUGGACAAUCUGGUCAGCAUUUUACUUGCCAUCAGCAUCAAGCAAAACUUUCUUUUUGUUGCCUUUUGCAAGUGAUCAAUGGAUCCACUUAGAUUAUAACCUGGAGUUAGGAGUAAUAUCUCUCAUUGCAAUAAAACAACUGUUAGAAUCCAUUACUUUUCUGGGGAAAAGAAUGGGAUUUGUUUAAUUUUAACUGCCUCAGUAGUGUACUGGUGCAUAUAUAAAUGCUGAUGAAUUAAAUCAAGCAAUUAGAAUUAGAAAUUAAUAACACAAGGCAUCUACUCAUUUCAGCAAGUUUUCAUUUUUAUUCUGAGUGAUUUUUCUAAUAUUUGCUAAGUGCGUAUGUAUCCACAAAAACUUUAUAUCCAUAUGCUGUGUUUCUAAAAUGCUGGCAUGUUGACUUCUGGAAGCUAGAUCUGUUAUUUGACAGCAUAUUAUGAUUUAAUUUCUGUUAUCUGAAAAACUGCACCAUUAAAAUAGAUGAUGCAGAAUUUAAGUAUGUCUGUUCAUUGUUCUCAUUUUCAAGGUUUUUGGAAAUUACACUUGCUGCCUAACAGUGUAAAGUUGGUUUACAUUUCAGGCAGGGUUAUUUUUCCUCUUUGAAUGACAGCAAGUAUUUGUGUGCAUGUAUGCAAGUGUGACAUGAAAAUAUGAAGAUAGCUGCCUUACAGUUCUGUUUUUUCUUUUUAAUUGAUAUUUGGAUGAUAUAAAGUAAGCAACUGCCAUAUGACAAUAAAGUGGACCAACUUUCCCAGCUGGAUGUCAUAUUUGACAAAGUAUGUAACCAGAGAAACUGUGAAUUAUGUAAAGUGCUAAAUAGGAUUCUGGGUGUAACUUAUUACCCUGUGGGCUGGAAGAUACUGCUUGUUAUUUACCUCCACUUUCUGAAGCAACAUUAUUCUGGGUGUUUCUCAGAAGUGCUAAACUUCACUAUUGGACAAAAAAAUUAGAGAAGUGAGUGUCAUACUUCUGGUUUCCUAUGGGGAAGGAGUGGGAUUUUUUGAAAGGCUGGCUGUGAGUGGUAUAGAGCAUGAUUUCUUGAAUUCUUGUCUGCCAUGCCAUGCAUGUGUCUGCUCUGCUGCCACUAGGUAGGGACCAGGGUGAUUCAGAUUUCCUGAUAGCUCCUGACAGGGACAGAUGCUGCUGUCUGGGACCACUGAGAUAAGAGUUCCUCAGGCCUCUUUGGGGUGGUGGCUUUGUUUUAUAUUCUGUGUUGACCUCAUCAAGGCAUAUUUUAUUUGCUUGUUGACUGUGUCCCUUUGUGGCUCUGUGCUUGGUGUUUUGGCUUUGUUGGUUUUUUUUGGUUUUUUUUUCCCAGUUAAAACUGAAUCACAUAAUUUAAUUUUACAUAUAGUUCUUGAAAAGCCAGUGUACUAACAUCAGGUGCUUGCUUUGCUGCAUAAACCUAAUGCAGCCUCUCUGAAGUAGACAUUUUAAAUUUUAACCUCAAUAUAAAACUUGCUACUUUUUUUUUUUUUUCUGCUUUCCACAUUGCACCUGCUGUUCUUCCUCAUGAUCUCUGGAUUUGUUGUUGGGCCAUGUGCAGCCCAUUCUUAUUUACCAACUACCACGAGUGUCGUAGGUAAUCUGUGGAGGCAGCCAAACUUUGCAGUAGCAUUUAAAUUGUAGCCACGUGCGGGUGUAUGAGUUGGGUAGGUUGUAGGAGGAAAUAGUCUUAAGAAUGAUGAGAUUUGGUGAAGAGCUUUGCUCUUGUGUUAAAAAUUGUUGCUUUGUGAGGCAUUAGACUGGACCUGUGCAAAAGCUUGCUGCUCAGAGAAGAUAACUGGAGGCAAUAGUGGGUGUCUGGUUGGUUUGUGGGAGGGAUGCAUGUCAGAAAAAAGUUCAUGUCCAUCAGUUGUUGGGUGUUUUUGCUAAGAUGAGGCAAUAUUAGCUGCUGGAUCAGGCCCUGAACUCAGGGUUUUCUCUGCUGUCUCUGGCCCUGUGGGUAAAAGGACAGUCCAGGGGACCUGCCAGGUUUCCAUCUUUUGGCAGAGGCAUCUCACCUUGCCUGUCCCUUCAUUAACUGGAGGGGACAAAAUGAGUGAUGCUUUAAAUACUCAAGUUUUGAAAUAAAUACUUUCAGCUGCUUUUCAUUUUUCAUCUCUGCCCUUUCAGGUUGUUUUUUUUCCCCUUCAUGAUUUUUGGAAAAGCAGAUGGUACAAUGGGAGAAAUGGAAGUUUUCUACUCUUCUAUGCAGGGUGAGCAUUAUGCAGGGUGGUCAGAGUCCAGGGAGAGGCAGCAAUGUGGCUGGGAGUGGCAGCCUUCCUCUUGCUGAGUCUUUGGUGAAUGGCAAACCUUCUCUUUCCUAAAGAAUUGUCCAGAGACUUUCUUGCUCUUGCAGCUAGCAAAAGGCACUGUCUUUUUCAAAAUCCUGCUGAAGGAACAGGAAAAUAUCAAGAGCUAGAAAACACCUGCAUUAUCCCAUCUUACCAAACCUUCCUGACUUCUUGGCAGACGAAGUGAAGACCUGGUGCAUGCUUCCAGGAAGAUUUAGGUUUCAGCUCAUGGUCAUUUUCCUUCAUAAAACCUUAUUCAAAGUAUGUUGGAUCAGCUUACAGAGCAGGUCUGUGGGGUGCAAUACACUGGGAGCUGCUUUUUUCCUAUAAUCCAAAUGUUUUAGGGGAGAAGAAAGGACAGUGCUGUUGUGGUGGUGACUCACAGGAGUCUUGUGCUGCUGUGUUCUUCACUUUCACAUGUGAUGCUCUGUUCCAGCAUGAAGACAGAAUGCACCAUGCCACAGGUGCUUGCAGCCAUGAGCACGUGUGUUCCUUGGUAUCUGUGCUCCUUCUGAGCUUUAAGGUCUGCAGAGCUGGGUGAAAAGGACAAGGGAAUGUUAUUGUGCUGGUGGGGUGGGAAGGCCUCGCAGAACCCCUGCAAAAUGACAAAUGUUGUGUCAAAACCUCAGGCAUCUAAUAGCUUGUAAAUAGCUUAUCUUUCCCCAACUUUACAGAAGUAUUUUAUUUUCACAUAAAUUCUAUGUGAUACCUACGAGUGCAGCUAUCUCCAAUUACAAUUCUAUGAUUUUUUCACUCACACAUGAAUCUAAUUCUCAGUUUUCUAUAGUAGCUUUGAGACAAUGUUAAAGUAUUUGAAAAUUCAGAAAUUUCAAUACUGCUGUUGGAACUUUGCUCCAUCUGUCAGAAUUCAGGCAGAGGUGCAGCAGUUGUUGCCCAGUAAUUCCUAUUGCACAAUGCAAAACUAUUAAGCUUAGCAAGAAGGCGUUAAAAACAUGACCAAACUGAAUUUUCAGUUGGUUUCCUGUUUUUAACAUUUAGAUUCAAACUACAGUAUGAACAUAAUGCUUCCCAUCUGUGUCUUAUCAGUUAAAACUUAUCUUUUGGUAAAUCUAAUGAUGAGUUUCUGCUUACUAAUUUCGCUGCAAGAUCAUAGGCUUAAAAAAAAAAAACCAUUGAGGCACUCAAGUGAAAAGGAAGUUUGAUAUGUUCUGUGUGUUUAUUUCAAGUGCAUAAACACCUUAAUGAAAAAAAGAAAUGUGAUAUUUUCUCCUUCUUUAUUAACUUGUCAAAAGUCUUGGGCUAAAAACUGGAAAAUUUUAUAGCCUCCAGUGCACUUGGACUUGUGUUCAAGUUCUGCUUUUAAAAGCUUAAAAUAACUUUAAAAAUCAAUUUAUCAAUUUCCAAAAGGUUUCCAAUCCCAAGUAUCCUAGUUCUGUAAGGUUAUAUGAAAUUUUUCCUUUUAUGUUAGUUGAUCAUUGUGUCUUAUAUCUAAGUUGUUAGUUAUGGGGAAGAAUUACCAAUAUAAUUCUCUACAAUCACCAUUAUUAUCUCUGCCCUUCCCAAAAUAAUUCAGGGCUUAAAAAUACCAUGUUUAAAAUAUACUUUUUUUUUUUUAAUCUUCAUACAGGAAGUAACUAGUGCUCAGACUCAGGCCCUUUUAAAACCUAGUUCUGCUGGCCAAAGUUGGAUAUUCAAUAAUCUCAUUUUUCACUAGAAAUUCUGGUUUUUUCCUAGAUGUUUUCAUGUGACCUCCUGCUUUCAGUUUGAGUUUUAAGCCCAAAUGAUUAAUUUUUUUUUUAUAAACUUGUUCCUAGCAUUUGCUCUGUACCAAAAUUCAGCCUUUUCAACUUUUCCAGAUCUCUUUACCUGACUGCGUUCUGCAGCAAGUUCAGCCCCCCUUCUCAGUAUUAGUUAACCUUUUGCCCUAUAAGUAUUCUGUAAUGGAAAUUUUUCCUGGUUGGCUCAGGUUUGUGAUAGUCAGCGAGCCUGGGCUGAUAAGGAAACCCCGCUGCCAGCGUGCCGAGGGAGGAAAGCAUUAAACCACAGCUGUACUCCUUAGUGCUCCUGUCUUUACCUGCCCCAAUCACAUACCAUUACACUUGAUUUAUCCAGUGUAACGUGAUCCUUAUACAAAGCCAAGCUUGGUUGUCAUAAGGCCUUCCAUUUUCAUGCCUUUCUUAUCUCUCCUCCAGCUGCAUUUUCCCCAGUGCAACAAACAGCUCUGGCGUAAAACUUUCACAGCAAAAGCAGCCAGGAGAGAGUUUGUGCAGGUUGGGUUUUGAUGGAACUUAGAGAGAUAAAUGUGGUUGGAGGUUUUUUUAUUUAUUUUAUUCCAUUCUAUUCCCUUUUAGUCUCCUGCUUUCUGAUUUCUUUCCAUGAUAUUAAUCACCUUUGUUACCUCACUGCUGGAGCACUGGAGAUAGGAGCUGUGAGGUGCACCAUUCUGUAGCACAUACUGUUGUCUGCAUGUGUUCCUGAUCUGCCUGCAAGUGCCUUGGGAGCCCAGCUGCAGCCACUUCAGGCUGCCUUCUGGGGGGAUGCAGGGGGCAAUUUUGCAUUUCUGUGAACCUCUGUGUUUAAAAGCUAAAUAAACUAAAAUAGGCACAAUUCUUCCAUAGUCAGUCCCACCAGGACACCUUCCUUGUCAGACUUUGACAUAAAACAGCUCUUAGCACUGAUCUUUGUGUUGGAUGGAGCUUGCAGUGUGUUUAGAAAAUAAGGCUUCCAUUCAUGUGUCCCUGCAAAUUAAAACAAUCAAAGAGCUUAGAGAAAGCUAAAACAAUUUGCAAAAUGGGAAGAUGCUGCUAAGUUCAGGUGAUUGGAAAUAAUAUCAUGCCUUUAGAAGUCUUUAAAUUGAUGGAGAAAUACCAGAUUUCUGUGACACAAAGGAACUUAAAAGUCUAACUACAUAUAUUUCUUUGUCUUAGAAACUUUAUUUCAUGUUUUAAUUUUUUUUCUUUGAAGCCAACAGAUUGAAAACUUACUUUGCCCAUUUUUAGAAGGGAAACCCAAGGCUCCCAUGCAAUAUAAUUGGUUGUGUCCUUCCAGUUUAGAUUUUGAUUUGUACUGAGUAUUUUUGGAUGCAUCGAAAACAUGACUUGCAGUCAGAAUAUGUGUCCUUGUCAAUAUUUCAGUAAACAGAGGUCAAACCAGAACAUGAAAAUACAACUUACAUAUUCAUAAUUGCAUAAAUUGUCCCAAAAGAAGGUCUUUUAUUAUAUGCUGUCCAUUUGCAUGCUUUUUUAAUAGUGGGCACCAUGAAGAUGUCAGCUGCUUCUUUACUGAUAAAUUUUACUUUAUUUUGCAUAAGCCUACAUACUUUUUCAGACAAGAGAAUUAGUGUAAUCUCUUUCAGAGUGAUAGUGGAAUGAGUUCAAUGCCUACAAGAAGGGAUGAUAGCUCUGGAUAUCUGUUAAAAAGGAAGAAAUCUUUGAAAUAUUCCAUUCACCUAUGCAUUUAAAGUGACCAGAGAGUCAAACAGUUCUCAAAACAUUGAUGCAAUGUUACUGUGCCUGUAAGUCUAUAAGCACCUGCUUCCAAAACAAACAAACAAAAAAAAAUAAAGUGUGAGAAAAGAAAGUAUUUGAAAGGUAAAGCAACUAUAAAGAGUUAGUGUACUGAAGGUAUGGCAGUUUUUUAACAGUGUGGAUAAAGAAAUGGGUCAGGAAAAUCAUGGGAAAGAUAAUGUAAACUAAUCAAAACUUAUGUGGUUUCCAUUAAUAGCUUUUAGGGGGGUUGGGGGAAAAAGCCAUUUCAUAAUAGAAUAAAAUAAUAAAGAUAGGUAUCAGUGGUAGUCAGGGCCACAGAUGCAGCCAUCUGAAGAUGAAGAAACCCAGAUGUGAUCCAACAUUGCUUUGGUCCAAUUUUUGGUGGCAUCUUUGCCACCAAUGACUCAGAAACGUUUAAGGAUUUCUGCUCUAAUCAGCUCCAUGCUGCCCUGAGCACAGUGCUCAAAAUUCUCUAAUAUUCUUAAUCUGACUACAGCAAAGCUACACCUGCCUUCAGGUGGGAUGGUUUGCAAUGGUGAGUCAGGCCAACCCCUGAGAAAAGGUGACAGAGUUGCAGGAAAGACAAAAUGUCAGGAAAAGAACAAAACCCCCACCUGCUUACUAGCAAAAGCAAAGACUGUGACCUAGUUUCCCUUUUUUCAUUAGGAUGUGGUUUAGCAAAAUUGCAGCCAUGUGCCUGCAGAGGUGAUGAGCCCCAACCACGCCCCAGGGCUUCCCAACAGCCGAGCUGUGCAGAGCCUGGCAUCAUCCACACAGCAGAUCAUCUGCCAGAGCUCUGGGGGCAAAAAAAUCAAUCCAAGAGGCAGCAGGUACCUCCUGAGAAUCACAGAGCCCCACCAACCCCCAGGUGGGCAAAAGGAAGCCAGAGGCAAGUCAAAAGCAGAGCAAGGGCCAUGGCAGAGCCUGCACAGGUUCACCUGCCUGGUGUUUGUGCCUUCACCCCUCCCAAGCACAGCCACUUGCCAAAGGAAACUGCGAUUUUUAUUAAUACCUUGAAUUGCAGCCAGGUAAUUACCUUCAGGAAAUUUUCAUGUUGCCAAAUGAUAAUCUAUAGAAAGUGAAUGAGGAAGACAGGCUGGAGGGGGGAAGCUAAAAUUUUGUAAUAUAAUACACAGCCAUCUUUAUUUAGAAACUACGUAUAGGAAGAUCUACGUGUGGUCUUCAGGCGUAUAGUCUGUGCUGUAAAUGCUAAUCCUGGGAGGUUACUUUGCCUUUGGCGGAUAUACACAGUGUCUGCAUACUGGCCUUAACACAUUGAAUUUUGAUCCUGGACUACCCAAAAUUAGCCUUGAGCAGUAUCAGCCUGUUGUAACAGUGCUGAGUGUCAGAACUUUGCAUGUGGCUUUUCAAGAAUCCAGAAAACAUCUCUUCUGAGGAGGCUGUUUCCUGACACUGACUUUCACAUUCACUUUUGUUUCUUUCACUGCUAUUAAUUUAUUUCCUGCAUUCCAUUAAAAAUGGCAUUGACAGGUCAAGGAGCAUUAAAAUGAUUUCAUUUGCAAAAAAAAAAAAAAACAAAAAAAACUCCAACAGCAACCACAACUGAAAAACAGCAGCAAAACCCUCUCUGCCUUUGUUGAUUGUGCAAUUUAUCAAAGAUUUACAUUUUUCACAUCUGUCGUCCUUCCAUUAUAGUUUUCAUCUUGCAUGUAAAAUUGAUACAGCAGCAUAAACAAUCUCCCAAUGACUGAAGAAGGAAAGCUUAAUAAUAUCUGAUUAUUUUUUUGUCCAAAAGAAUAUAAAAUAUCCUGUAUUUUUUAUGAUGUUACAACAAGUGGAGAAUUUGACAUUAUCACACUAACUGCUAAUGUAUAAAUGCAGCACUAAUGUACUAGAAUUAAAACUUUGUAUAAUGACCUUCCCUUGGUUCAGCCAUUAAAAAUACAUUAAUACUCUGUCUUACAAAUUGGACCUGAUGCAAUUUUAUUCAUGAAUAACUAGUUUGUGGGGGUUUUUGUUUGUAUGGAUAUCUGUGUUUGUUUUCUGGAAAAUUAUUCUGACUUUGUCUUUUGCAAAGUAGAAGUCAACAACAUCUCAGCUGCACUUGUAUAGCCUUUAUUUUAUUUUUAUUUUAUUUGCAAGAAUAGUAGCCAGAAAAAGGAAACUUGGUCUCCCUCCUUCUAUCUUGUACUCAAGUUGGCCAGCUUUAUUCGCUGCUGGUUUUUUCAACAUACCCAUUUGUAAAAUUUGUGUAUUAGUCAUCUCAUGAGCAAAUUGAGACUUAAUUAACAGAUGUUUGUACCUCCUUUCACAUCCUCCUAGGAGUCACACUGUGUGAGUGCAAAGCAGUUGUUGCUGGGACAUAAGAACAUUGGAGCAAAGGCUUUUUUGGAGACAGGGAUGAGGUUCCAAAGGGCUACAUGGGGGGUUACUUUACUAUUUUUCUUUUAAGAUACUUUGGAAUCUCUUUAAAAAUCCCUGUUUUGAACAAGUGGGGGCAUAAGACAGCAAAAGAUAUCUCCCAUAUAAUAAGUGUUAUUUCUUGCCUCCUCCUUCUACAACCUACAUGCAUCAAGGUUUUAAAGCUCUUAAAAGCAAGCUCUGAGGUAAACAAAAAGACUGCUGGAACAGCAGUGGGCAUGUCGAAGCACACUUGAAGAUAACAGCUGUCAGGACACAGGAGAUGAAAAUGCAACCAAGUACACAGGCUGCAGGAAAACUUGGCCUUGGGCAUUUUGCUUUCACUUUGGUAGUUUUAACCCUUUGUACUCUAGAAAUGAUUUUUAAAGUUGGGGGAGCACAAAGGAGGAGAAAAUCCUUUGUGAGCUGUUUCUGAAAAAUGAAAAUACACAAAUAACUAGUAAAUAGCUGCUGGGUCACUGCUAUAAAGUACAGGCAGGGCUGCAUUUAGACAGCUUGGCUUUUAUCUGAUUGUGAGCUGUGUGUUUCCUCAUACGGGAACUACCGCCAACCCAAUUUUAAUCAGUUGCAAUUUUGUUUUUGCAUCUAAAUUAGAAUAGCUUGGAUUGAAGAGGAAGUGAAAAGAAAUGUCUGUCAAAGCAUUUCUGUAAAGCAAGAACUCUUUCACUUUAGUUUCAUCAUGCAUUUCCAGUCUGAUAUUCUUCAUUUUACGCAAAUAUUACCAGGAUUACUACUCUAGUGUAUUUUAUGCCAGCUUUCUGCUUGCAAAGCUAAAUAAACAGUUCAUGAGCCAUGCUGGGAAAGUCUACCCAAAGACCUUGCUCUUUAAAACAUUUAAGUACAAGCAUGACUCAGAUUGGCGAUGGAGAAUGGAAACUUUCAGUUCUGUUGUUGUCUAGAAUCCACCUUGAUUUGGGAAGAACCAAAAAUAUUCCUUCCUGAUGACCACUCAGGGCCUCUGCAGGGCAACUCGGUGGUAUCAGUUACUGCAAGUAAGCAGACACGUAUUUGACACAUGCCUCAGCAGAGACCAAUGUACCUCCCAGCCAAGCUGAGGGACAGAGCUUAAUUUGUGACUAAAUUCCAACCUGUGACCCAGCAAAACUCCUGGCUACUGAACCUGUUGCUCCUGCACUUUCCACCUGCAUUAUGUCCACUUAGAAUGAAAAUGGCUAAAUACAAGUUUCUGCCAGCAUCUGUUCUCAUGCCUGUUGUCUGAAACAAAGCCUAAUUAUCACAGCCCCUUCCUUCGUAUUUUCUUUUGACUUACCCAGUUGUCUACAGCUUUGAUAUCUAGAGCAUAAAUGCCAAGGCUGAAACAUGCAUCCAAUUAGAUGACUCUUGACUGACCUACAUAACAGUUCAUUCAUGAGAUAAUGUGACCUGGAGUCAUGGAGAUAGAAGCCAGUUGAUUGAGCUGGCUUGGCUGUGUACACUGCAACUGUCCAGUGAUUGAGGAAUCAUCUAAAAUUAGCCCUACACCAUGCAUUGUUGAGAGCCUUUCAGACCUGGCUCUGUUUCGGUAAUAUUUUUUUUAUGAGAUGGGCGUAUAGUUUGUCACAUUGUAAUUCUUUAAUGCUUAACUUUAUUAGCAUGAGGUACUUGGAUAUCAAAUAAAACGAGCAAUUAAGUGAUUUAUGCUUAAGGUCUGCUCUCAGUUCAGGGCAUUGGUAGCCAGCCUCCCAUGAAGGGGCGAGAGAGUGCACAGUAUUUGCCACUUCCUUCAGAGAGCUACAAAAUGGUGCUUUUUGAAGAUGAACCUCGUUGUGCAUGUAAAUCCCAACUGCCUAUUAGUGCGCCGCAAGUUAAAAUGCAUUUUUGUAUUAAAGGUUAUUGUGUGUUUGUAGAGAGCCACAGGGUGUUUUCCUUAGCUUUUGUCUACUACAUUUGUGAACUUGCAGCUUUCAGCGGUGAGGGGAAAAAUAAGUUAACCAGGGAGCGAGCGGUUUCAGCGUAACGACUGAGCGACAGUUCUUGUAUUGCAAAGCCACAAAGGAAGCUCAGAUAAAGGUUGUAGGUCGGAGAGAAACCUUGAGGAGCAUGCUCGUGAAGUGAGGCACUUGAAGAAAGGCUGCAGCUGUCACUUCCACAUCUGAGGGGCUGUGAGUAACGGCACAGCUAACAAGAUGAAUGGAGCUUUGGAUCAUUCAGACCAACCAGACCCAGAUGCCAUUAAGAUGUUUGUUGGACAGAUUCCCCGUUCGUGGUCAGAAAAAGAAUUAAAAGAACUUUUUGAGCCUUAUGGAGCUGUCUACCAGAUUAAUGUUCUCCGAGACAGAAGUCAGAACCCUCCCCAAAGUAAAGGUUGUUGUUUCGUAACAUUUUAUACAAGAAAAGCUGCUCUUGAGGCACAGAAUGCACUGCACAAUAUUAAAACUUUACCUGGGAUGCAUCAUCCUAUUCAGAUGAAACCUGCAGAUAGUGAAAAGUCAAAUGCUGUGGAAGACAGAAAAUUGUUCAUAGGAAUGGUUUCGAAGAAGUGUAAUGAGAAUGAUAUCAGGGUGAUGUUUUCUCCGUUCGGCCAGAUAGAAGAAUGCCGAAUCCUUCGGGGACCAGAUGGGCUGAGCCGAGGCUGUGCGUUUGUCACAUUUUCUACAAGGGCAAUGGCACAGAAUGCAAUCAAAGCCAUGCACCAGUCUCAGACCAUGGAGGGCUGCUCUUCGCCAAUCGUGGUGAAGUUUGCUGACACCCAAAAGGACAAGGAGCAGCGGCGUUUGCAGCAGCAGUUGGCUCAGCAGAUGCAACAGCUCAAUACUGCCACUUGGGGAAACCUCACAGGUCUUGGAGGACUCACACCACAAUACCUAGCUCUCCUGCAGCAAGCAACUUCCUCCAGUAACUUGGGUGCCUUCAGCGGCAUUCAGCAAAUGGCCGGCAUGAACGCUUUACAAUUACAGAAUUUGGCAACUUUAGCAGCCGCAGCAGCCGCCGCCCAGACCUCAGCUACCACCACCAAUGCAAACCCUCUCUCCACAACGACUGGUGCUCUGGGAGCCCUCACAAGUCCUGUGGCUGCAUCAACUGCUAAUUCCACAGCUGGUGCGGCCAUGAAUUCUUUGACUUCUCUGGGUACUCUCCAAGGACUGGCUGGAGCCACUGUUGGACUGAAUAAUAUUAAUGCACUAGCAGGUACCGUAAACAUUGCUCAAAUGCUCUCAGGUAUGGCGGCCCUGAACGGAGGACUCGGCGCAACUGGCCUGACGAACGGCACGGCCGGCACGAUGGACGCGCUCACCCAGGCCUACUCAGGAAUCCAGCAGUACGCGGCCGCCGCGCUGCCCACCCUCUACAGCCAGAGCCUGCUGCAGCAGCAGAGCGCCGCGGGCAGCCAGAAGGAAGGUCCAGAAGGGGCAAACCUCUUUAUUUACCACCUCCCCCAGGAGUUUGGAGACCAGGACAUUCUGCAGAUGUUCAUGCCUUUUGGAAAUGUUAUCUCUGCUAAAGUCUUCAUUGACAAACAGACCAAUUUGAGCAAGUGCUUUGGUUUUGUUAGCUAUGACAAUCCGGUCUCUGCACAAGCUGCUAUCCAGGCUAUGAACGGCUUUCAGAUUGGCAUGAAACGCUUGAAGGUUCAGCUGAAACGCUCCAAAAAUGACAGCAAACCUUACUGAUCUUAACCCCAGAUGCUUACUGCUCUUAUUUUAGCUUUCUUAGGGUAAGUCCCAACAGCAAACCUGUCCUCUGCAGGGGGGUUAAGAAAGAACAUAGAGCCAACCUUCACCAAGGGACAGUUAUUUUUACAGUUACCACUUCCAUCUCCCCACUUGUCCUUACUGCACUUGGCUCCCAUUUCCUCGCCAAGUAAUUACUGAGUUGUGUUACUGUAUUUUGUUUUGCAGCAUAAUUUAUCUCCUUUUCGAAACAAAAAUAAACAUCUUGAAAUUCCAAACAGCACACACACACACACACACAAAAAAAAAAAUGUGCAAUUUAACUCUGUGAACCCUGGUGCCAUUAGCACACAAUAAAAGUUGUUUUCUAUGGAUGGAUCGUAUUUUACCAGGGUGGCACCAGCAGUUUAUAGGUUAAACAAAACGGCCUCAUGCCAGUUGAAGCACUUAUUUUGCAACAAAAAUUGAAAUAAGUCUUUCCACUACAUCAACUUGUUUUUUGAGAAGAUCUGAUUUUUUUUCGGUUCAAAUCAACGUAUUGUUAUAUAUUAGUCUGAUUUUACACUGGUCGUCUUUAUAUUUCAUUUUUUUUAAGUUCUUGGUUUUUUGGAAAGGAUUAAUGUAAAAAAGAUUUAGAGAUCUGUUUCUAAAGCUACAGGGUUUAAAAUAAAAAAAAUAAAAUAAAAUGAGUGACAAUACUUGAUGUUUCUUGAGAGAUAAAUUUAAUAAUAAUAAAAAAAAGAAAGCCACAGGCCUGUAAAUUUUAUUUGUAAAAAGCAUUUCUAUUUUUAUACAAAAUUUUUACUGCCUCAGAAAUAAUGGAAUUUAUUUAUUGCCUAUUGUUAACUUAUUGGAUACCUAAAGAGCAGCUCUCUAUGCUAGCUAGAUCCUUUGAAGUAGUCUCUAGAGUAAUUGUGCCAAGAAUGGGCUCUUUUUCACUGUUGAACCCUCCACCCUUUGCAGUUCAUGCUUUUAUCCUCUUGUUUGUAUUUGUCUGGUUAUUUUGUUCGUAGUUUCCAUUACCUAGUUUAAAGUUCAGUUGUCUGACCCUUUCCCUCCCACCCCUCUCCCUGUACCUUUCUGUUACAUUUGUAGAAACUGGUUCUUUCCUCUCUUUUCUCCCCAAAGAGGAAUCCAUUCUUUCUGACUCUUUUCAGAUGGAUUCUUUUGGGGCUCCAUUGUGUUCUUGUUGGCAAGUAUUGUAAGUUAAUGCAAAUUAUGUGAACAGCUCAUAGGCUCUACUGAUAAAAGAUUUGCAUUAGAUUUCUCCUGCACCCAUAAAAGUGAUUUUGUUUGUGCUGCAUAGAUUCUGUGUAACUUUUUUUCCUCUUCCUUGUUUUUUCCCUAGACAUCUCCAUGCCCGUUAGCCCAUCGUUUGCCUAGCAUGUCCCUGUGGCGUCUCAAAAAAAAAAAGUUUCAUCGUCCCGUCAUUGUUUCUGAUGUCUUUCUGACCUCACAUCAUAUUUGGUUCUCCUACUGACCUAGUUUGACCUUUGAAAUUUGCAUGUGACCUCAUCUAGCUAUGAAUUCUGGGAAGUCAAUGUGAAAAAACAUUGCUGCAUUCAUGCAAGACUGAAAUUUAUUAUUAGAUAAAUUAAUGAUAGGAUUUAAAAACAACCUGUGGCAAAAUGUUUUCUCUUUCUUUCCUUUUUUUUCUUUUUAGUUUUGGUUUUUUGGUUUUCUUCUUUCCUUGGAGUUUUUGUUUCGUUUUGUUUGGGUUUUUUUGUUUUUGUUUUUGUUUUGGGUUUUAUUCUUGGUUGAUUUUUGGUUUUGUUUUUCUUCAUUUCGUAAAAAAAAAAAUAAAAAAAAAAAACAGACUUGAAAGUAUUAUACAGGGAUUGGCAUUCUGCCUGGUCACUGGUGACAAUAGCAAUAUGUGUCCAGAGGCACAGAAUGUUGGUUUCUAACAGACUACUUCCAAAACAGUUUGAGAAAUAAAACUGUCUGAUUUUAAGUCUCUAGAGGUCUGUAAUAGUUUUUACAUUUUUCAGGCAGUGUAAAGUUUUUUGAUAAGGCCAUUUUAGGUGGCUCACUUUCUCAUUAAAGUAUAUAUAUAGAACCACUUUUUGUAGAUUAGUAUAAGAAAAUAUUUACCCUGUUUUAGGGCAAAUGCUACCUAUUUGUGUCACCUUUUGCUGAACUGACUCACAGUUAGACAAUCCAUGGUUUAAUGCACAUGAAAUUACCUAUAUUUUAUACUGUUUCAAUGUACAGAAGAAAGGUUACUGUAAAAUGUGUUACGUUGGUGCUUCUGUGAAUUAAGUUGUGGUUUCAUCAUGAGUCUUAUGGUCUUAAGUGUUCUAUGUUUAUAAAAAGACAAGUUUAAAAUUGGUUUACUUGAACAACAAGAACAAAAAGAAGAUUCAAAAAAAAAACACAAAAAAAAAAGUUGUUUGCUUAAAAAAAAAUAAUUUCAUGUGAAAAUGAAAAAAUAUUCCAGAAUAAGUUUGUGUUGGCUUGUGACGCAUUGAUGUCAUUUUUUUAUUGUGAACAAUUUAGGUGUGUUUGUGUUCAGCAAAAUGUGAUCAGUUUUUCUUUUAAAGAAAAAAAAUCAGUGAAACUAUAGUGCCAAAUUCCAAAGGUACUUUCUUCCUAGAGCUUCAGUGUGUUUCUUGUGUGAAGUAAUUUGAUAACAUGGGUAUUUUAUUAUGUGUUUUGUAUAAAUCCCUAAUAUUUAAAGAAAAAAAGAGGUUAAAAAGUUUGUUAACUUGCUAUCCUGUGGUCUUGUUGCCUGAAAUUGUUAUUGUUUGUUAUUUCUCUUUGAUGUUUUUUGUAAAACAUUGUAUAAGUGCCCAUGUUUCACUUUUUUAACCACUCUGCACACAUCAAUGCUGUGAAAGCAAACCUCACUAUGUAUUUUCUUCAUAUUGUAUGGAAACCUCUAAGGUGAGAAAGUUUUGAACUUUUAACCCUUUCCACCCAGAGCUGUCUUGAGUGUUAAUACCUUUUAUACAUUCACCAUUUUGCUGUUUAUUUUUAUAUAUAUAUCUAUAUCUAUAAAUAUAUAUAUACUUAGUUUUUUGUGGUUUAUUUAAUACAUGGUUGAAAUCAGAACAAUGCACAGGGCAGAUCUGAAGGACAAAAAUAUUUUACUGCUGUCUAAAUUUCUUCUGUAUCUAUAACUAAAAUUAUUUAAAACCGUAAUUAACUUGUGGUUUUCCUUUUUAGAUUUUGGGGAUUUUGUCUUUUCUUAAAGAGCUUUUAAUAUGCUGCUGGAAUAUGCUAUUCAGUAUUAAUAAAAUAAAAGAAAAAGAAAACAAUUCUUUAAUUAUCUAUUGUAUGAGCCACUCCCAGCCAGGAGUGGUCAAUCCACCAUUUGAAAACCUUGAGGAGAAAAAAAAAAAAAGAAGAAGAAUAAUAUUUUUGUAAUUUAAAUAAAUGAAUUUUUGCUUAAAUCAGAUGCACUAGAUCUUCCUGGGUGAAAAUUCAGUGUGCACUGCAGUUAAACUACUUUUUAUGGAUAAAGUUUACAUACACUGUAAUGUUUGGUGUUAUUUGCCAUUAUUUGUCACGGCAAUAUAUUGGCUUACUCCUGCAGACACUCGUUCAGAGAGGAGUGACUUUACUCAUCCCCAUGGUCCAUGGGAGUAUCUGUGUGACUGAUGUGGGUGUUUGCUGGAGGAAGCUCUUUGUAAGGAGCCAGAAAAGAGAUGCUGGUAGCCCUUUUCACUGCCUUGUAAGUCUGAUUGGGUUGUGUUCCUACUACACAAACAGUGACCAACAACCAAAUUCGGUUCUUUGCCACCGGUUCAGCAAAUUCAUUGCCAAUCCAAUGUGUGUGAGCAGCAGUACCUGCUACAGGUCAUAAAGUGCCAUAACUUCUUCCACCUCCUAGUUCUAUCUGGUUAUAUCUGAAGCCACCUAAAAUUAAAAACGAAGCCCUAUAUGAGCAACAUCAGCUGGUGCACUCUUGUCUCUCAUCCCCAACUUAAAUGCUUCUUUAUGUAGAGCCCUGGGAUGGAAAGGACUAGCCUCUAGUGAUGCAAAAAAAGUUUCCUUCUUAUAGCACAUGCACUUAUAAAUAAAUGAUCUAUACUUUUCUCACAUUUUUACUACUGCUGGGGCCUUCCUACACCCUUUGAGGGCUAUUUUGUACUACUUGCAGCAAUUGUGCGUAUUCAAAGUAUCAUCUCACGUACGUUAUAUUAUAUAUAUGUACAUAUAUAUAUAUAUAAUAUGAGAUCAUCAUUUGGAUUGUUUAGAGACUGUUUCACUAAUUUUUCUCAUUGUACCCACCGUCUAAAUUUCCAAAGUUUUUGUAGAUGCCCUGGUGUGUCCUGUGGGUUUUCCAGUCUGGUUAGAGCGGUGAUGCCUCUGGUCCUUGGGCAGAGUAACUCAACACCACGCUGCCCUGAAUUACUCCACAGGUCAUUGGCAUAGCAGUGGGAGACAAGGAAUUUUUCUGUACUUCCAGGCAACUGAGAUGAGUCAUUGCUUAGAAAAGUGUCCAUCUCUGGAAAAAAAAAAAAUUAAAAUUUGAAAAUAAAAAAUAAAAUUUAAAUACAAAAUAAAAACCCAAACAAACACCUCCGGGGCGCCAAAUUAUCUACCAGUUCUUUUCAAAAUAAUGAAAGGAAAAAGCUGCAAGGGUGCAAGGGCCUAAUAAGAGAGGAAGUAAAACAAGGGAAAUUGCUUUACAAAAUUCUAAUCAAAAGACUAGACUAGUUGCUUUAUCAAACAAAUUAGCUAAUUGCAAUGAAAUGGCAGUCCUCAAAGGAGUAACAAGUUCAUCUUUCUUUCACCAUAGGGGUUACAGUUCCUUGGCUUGUGCUACUCUGGAAUCAUUUUACUGUUUCUGUUUUUAUUAUCUUAAGUGCUAAUUAACAAAAGGAAAAAAAUAUCCUGUAGUUUCAUUACCUUUUUGGAUAAUGUCAUACAAAAAGAAAAAAAAAACAAACCUAUGUAUUUGUGUUUUUUUCGUGCUGUGGGAAUUGUUGUUUGUAGAUUAAUAAUACUAUCAUUUUGUUUAGAAUUACAAACUAGUUUUUAAGUAUUGUCUGAGAAAAGCCAAAGUUAAUGCAAUCUAGUGGAAACUGUAAGACCAUUUGAGUAUUGUUUCUGUUUUAUUGAUGCAUUUGGAUUUUGUUGUUUGAUGGAAUUUGAGCCAAAAAAAAAAAGAACAAAAAAAAGGCAAAAAAAAAAAAAAAGCAAGGCUUUCCUAUUUCUACAACUUGAUUGUACUUAUGCAUUUUGUACCAGUGGAACUUUUUAUACUGGAGAUUAAAAAACAAAUGGAAAUUUUUGUGGCUUACUCUCGUGGGCCCCCUCGAUCAUGACUGAUUUUCAAGUUUGAUUUCUGGACGGUAGAAAGAGAGUUGGUUUUGUUUUGAGAAUUCAAAACUUUGGCUUGAUUUCUUUUUUUCCCUUUGCUUAUAUCUAGUGUUUAGAAUUUUGUCUUAACAAAAGCGGUAAGUUUCACUUUUUAUUCUGUAUCGUGCAGUUACACAAUAAGGUAAUUAGAAUUAGGAGUACUCGGUCACUUUGCGUGGAUAAAUGUAUUAGUUAAAACGUUAGGGGUUUGCUUUUUUGCUGUUUAGAUCAGAGUUUUUUCUGAUUCUUCUGUCCUCAUUGUGAACAUAACCGUGUAGUUGAAACAGUCAGACUUAUUUUUGUAACGUAUGUUAUUGUGUGAUGCAGUUUUUUGCUUCUGUCUCCAAUAUUAAACCAUUUUCCUAAUACUUGUCUCUCUACUUUGUGUGUUGUAUUGUUGGUGGUCAUUCUGUGUUGGUAAUACAUCUGCACACCUCACUGUUUCACGUGCCUGUUUUUUUUUUUUUUUUCUCUAUUUGUUGGUUGUGUACAAAAGAUACAGUCGAUUCCACCUAAGUGAAUAGCUGAUUGGGGGGCAAAAGAGGAUUUGUACAUUUUAGACAUUUUCUGGUUUCUUUGAUUUUUUUUUUUUUUCUCUCUUCCUCCCCCUAGUCAUGCCUUAUCACUUGGAUAAUCUCUUGGAGCAGGAAGCAUUUUAAAUGAGUUUCCUGCAAAGUCCUAUUGAAGGUAGCUUUUGUUAGCCUUCAAACUGCAAACCUUCUGCACACAAACACAGAAGACACCUGAAAAGAUUUUUUUUUUUUUUUUGUGGCAUUUCAGUCAGUCUGGAAAAUGUGGAUUAUGGAGAUAAUUCCUUCCUAGUUGUUAAAAAAAAAAUAAUACUCUGCCACUACGUUGCAGAAGCAUAUGAAACAUUCAAGAAAAGGAAGAUAUAGCCUUGGGAUUUUUUCUAAACUGCACAAUAAUCUGAUGGCAUAUGGCGUUAGUCAGACUCUCCCUAGAAACAAAUCAUAUCUUAACUAGGGCUGAGACAGCCUGCAAAAUCUUACCAGGUGAUCAAGCUUGUUAUGUGCAGUUGUACAUUAAAUACUUUUAAAAAUAUAACAAAAUCCAAGUGAGCACAGGAAGACUUUCUACUAAAGCCAGUGGAAGUAAAAAAAUAAAAUUAAAAAAAAAAAACAGGAGAAAUAAAUGAUGGAAAAAAGAUCCUCCAUUGUUCCAAUGGAUGAUACUUUUGCUGUGGGCUUACAAAGCAGAUCAUUCUCAGCAUUGGCUGAUAGUAUUACACAAACCUCAAAAGGGACUAAAGAAAUACCAUAGCACUUUUUUUCUCAUUAUUUUUUACACUUGGCUCUUAGCUUUUUUAUUCUUUCCUAUAUAUUUUUCCUCCUCACAAGAUUCUCUCUGCUCUCCCCCAACCGGUGUCUACCACAAUGAAAUAAAAGCUGCAAAAGAAAAAUCUAUGUUGUUCUGGUUUACAGAAAGUCUCUUCUCUCCUCUGAUCACAGAUACAAACCUUACAAUUUGGAGAGGGGGGGAAACAAAACAAAACAAAACAAAACAAAACAAAACAAAACAAAACAAAACAAAACCAACCAAACCAAACCCAAGGAGGAGAGAGAAGCACUGGUGAGUGCUCUCUGGAAUUCAAGCCAUACGCCCCCAUCCCUUUCCUUUGUCCCACUUUCUGUGAUGCUCAGGAAUCGAAGACCACUUAAAAGUGCUCUUAUGAGACCCAAACGACACUCCUCCCUCUUGUCUCCUCUCCCCUGGUCUUUCUGGCGCUCUGGCUUUGGCUCACACACACACACAGCCCCAUCAACACCGUCUAACAAGGUCCUGGCGCACUGGGUGUAUCCGUGUGGUGUCAGCAGCAACGUUGGUUCCCGCCUUUGGAAGACUUUUGAAAUUUUCUGGUGGCUUGUGAGUUGGCCUGGUUGUUACUGCUCAAUCUAUUUUUCUGAUUUUUUUUUUCCUCCUUUUUUUCACUUUUCUGUUUCCAUGAGAAGCAAACAAGUCAUGAGUCUGGAGCCCCCAGUGAGCUCCAGUGCCUUCCCGAAGGGUCUGUAAUCAGAGGUCAGGGGUCCAAGCAGCUCUAGGUUUAACCUAAAACCACAGGAGCCUGUAGCAGACAGCCCAGGCAGGAAAGCAGAACCCGAUGGCCAGACUAUAUCCUGGGUAUUUAACACCUCUAGAGUUUAUGAUCUUGAUUUGGAUAAUUUUGACACCAGUGGAUUCAGUUAAGUAAGUCUUGACUUGCAUGAUGGAUAAAUCAGAAUUGCUCUCUGGGGUUUUUUAGCUUGCUGUGGAUGUUUUCUUUUUCUUUUCUCUUUUUUACCUCCAAACUUGGUCUUAGGAAAGAAACUAGAGCUUUGUGAAGGGUCUUUUCUUCCAAAAAUACAAGUGAAAAAAAAAGACUUAUACUGCAGUUAGGUUUCUUUUAAAUACUCAGGGCUGAAAGAUACAGGGUUUUCUUUCUUUCUUUUUUUUUUUUUUUUUUUUUUAAUUUCAACAAUGGGGGAAAAAUGAGUUCCUUAAAGCAAUGCAGCUGAACAGUUUGUCCUGCUUAAACACAUGCUUUUAAUUUCAAUUAUGUAAGGCACCUUGCAGUGUUAGCAAAAUGUCUUCUUUGUUAGCUAUAUGUGUAUCGCCAUGGGAAAUUACCAAACUGUCACAAGACUCGCUGAUUAAAGAAUAGCCUGCCAGAGUGUGUGUGCCUUUGCCCAGUGUGACUCUUAGGUAUUAGGCUAAGGAAAACAGUUUAACAAAAUGUAGUGUGAAUCAUUCCUGAUAAGUGAAUAAAGCAUUGUGACCAAGCAAUCAGAUUAUUCACUUAUCAGGAAUCGACUGUACUGAUAGUUUGCCUGAUCGUUUUUGUUCCUCAUCUCUGUUGUAGUUUCACUACUUUGCUGUGUUCUGUUUUUUCUCUCAUGCUCUUAGUAAAAUCACUGGGAAUAUCCCUUCGUGUGAUCAUGAAACGUGCUACUGAGUAACAAAUAAAAAAAAAUUUAAAUAUAAAAAUGAUAUCUUAACAAAAUCUAUGCACUUGCUAUCAGGAACACAAUACUGGAUGUGUCUUAUAUAUAUUGAACUAUAAUAGUAUUCGAUUUCUUAAAUAAAGCUUAAGAAAGGAUUCUGUUGUCUGUAAAAUUUUAUGAGCAUUAAAUGGAACAAAAAAAUGUUUCUAGGAUUGGGCGCUUUUUGUUAUAUGAAAUCUUCCUGGGUAUAUGGUCUUUAACCAUGCCCAGGCAAAUGUUAAUUAAUUCGCUUGAUAUUUCAUUAAUAAUGGAGAUUUUGAAAAUUAGGCUUACUGAAAUCUGGGGGGAGAAAAAGUCUUGCCAUUCAGUGACUUGUAGCAAAAGAUUCUAAGAUGCAGAAAUUUUGGUCUUUCUGUAUUUGUAGAAGCAAACGUGUUUGGUUUUGCACUAAAAUCAAAAAAAUAGCUAAAAGAUAUGAAUCAAAAAAUGCUAGAAAACAAUACAAUACUGUACUUUUUGGCAUAUGGCUUUUUUUCCUCCUGAUUCUAGAUAGGUUUUGAAUUAAGACAUGAAAACCCAUAUACUCAAAAUUCCACAGAUUCAACCCUGGAGGUUAAAGCAUCUUUUUGGGGAAGAUCCAUGGCUUACUGUAUGUUUCCUGUAUUGAGCCUUCUCUUAAAAAAAAAAACAUUUUCACAUCAAAACCCAUGAAUUAAAUGGGAAUUGAAUAGGUAAAACUGUUGAGUACACUGAAAAAAAUUAUUCCUUCAAUGGCUGUAUAUUUGCCACGAAAUUGUAGAUUUUAAACAAUCUGAUUUUUAUGGAAAUGGCCAUAAUUCUUGUAUUUAUCAAACUUUCAAUAAUGUCAGCCUUUGGCAGAAAGAUCCAGGAGAAUGAGGGGAGGGGAGGGAGAGGGGUUGCUUUCUUUUUUUCUUUUGAACUGCAUUACUGCCUCAAUUUUCAUAUGCCAUUAUAUUAUCUGAAAAAAAAAAAAAUUAAAUUGUGGAAAUCUA